AUGUCAUCCACUAAGUCAAUAGGAGCUAACAACUUCAAAUGGUCCAGUUGCAGUUCAAAACACUUAGCAGAAUUCCUCAAGUCACCUGACACAGACUGUCUUCUUGAUAUGCCAUCACUGGAUCACCCGGAUGUUGAUUUGAUACCGAUAGACCAGUUAGCCGGUGCGCAGUAUGGUCGCGUGGAGCAAUGUAAGAAGGUGUUUGGGGCUGAUCUUGUCAUUGGAAUAUGCCCAUUUGAACGAGCACAUGUUACUUGUGGACAGGUCCCGUGUCGAAUAGGUAGUUAUUGUCAUUACACGCCUGUCGUAGAGGGCACACCCUGCGGAACGAACAUGUGGUGUUAUGACGGAUUUUGUCGUUCAUCUAUCGGAGGAGUCCCCAAGCCUGUAGACGGUAAUUGGGGUGAAUGGCCGGUAAACUACACGCAGUGUUCUCGUACGUGUGGUUCGGGGGUGAUGUCCAGACGACGAAGGUGUAAUAGACCUGGACCACGUUUUGGCGGGAAAGCUUGUGAAGGAACUAUGUACAGCAUGAAGACGUGUAACACGGAACCCUGCCCAGGCAUCAACUCUCCAGAUGAUUUCCGACAUCGCGAGUGCGCCCUCACCAACACCAUCAUUCUUAAAGCUAGAUAUCAUGAAUGGUCAGCUUACCUUGACGGCACUCUAUACGGCAAUGAGCUAUGUGCUUUGAAGUGCAAAUCGAAUCGGGGCAACAUUUUAAACCGAGAUCCUAAAAAAGUAUCAGAUGGGACACGUUGCUGGGAUAAACGAGAACCAGAUGAGCUUAGACGAACCCGAAGAUGCUUCAACGGAGAGUGCAGAGAGUUUGGUUGUGACGGAGUAUUUGGAUCCGAUAAAUUACUUGAUGGAUGCGGUGUGUGUGACGGGACGUGGAGGACAUGUAGAUUAGUACAGGGUACUCUUUUACAAAUUAUACCAAAAAGGAGUAAGUGUAUCCCAUCAUCCUUUCUUUCCUAG